GUUAAAUAAGAUAUAUUAAAAUUAAUUUCACCUGAUUCUUUUUACUUUUUAAUGUGGCUGUGAUAAAAUGUAAAAUUACAUUUGUGGCUUGCAUUAUAUUUCUUUUGGACAGAGCUGCUUAAGUCUAAUGAUGGAGUAAUUCGGUAAGGUUGUGGAAUUGGAGCUGGGCCUAUAGAUGAUGUCAGACAACUUCUGAAGCCUCGAUUCCCAUUAUUUAUGAAGAAUUUUCUCUCUCAUGGUGAUUCAUCAGAAAUAUAACUGAUAUCACCUUUCAGAUUGUUGCUAGUGGACAAAAAAUGACAUCUAUUAUCAAAUUAACUACCCUUUCUGGGGUCCAAGAAGAAUCUGCUCUUUGCUAUCUUCUCCAAGUCGACGAGUUUAGAUUUUUACUGGACUGUGGUUGGGAUGAGCACUUUUCUAUGGAUAUUAUAGAUUCCCUGAGGAAGCAUGUUCACCAGAUUGAUGCUGUACUAUUGUCUCACCCUGAUCCUCUCCAUCUUGGUGCCCUCCCAUAUGCUGUUGGAAAGUUGGGUCUGAACUGUGCCAUCUAUGCAACCAUUCCUGUUUAUAAAAUGGGACAGAUGUUCAUGUAUGAUCUUUAUCAGUCUCGACACAAUACAGAAGAUUUUACGCUCUUUACAUUAGAUGAUGUGGAUGCAGCCUUUGAUAAAAUACAGCAGCUAAAAUUCUCUCAGAUUGUGAAUUUGAAAGGCAAAGGACAUGGCUUGUCUAUCACACCUCUGCCAGCCGGACAUAUGAUAGGUGGAACGAUAUGGAAAAUAGUCAAAGAUGGAGAAGAAGAAAUUGUUUACGCAGUUGACUUCAACCACAAGAGGGAGAUCCAUUUAAAUGGAUGUUCCCUGGAAAUGCUAAGCAGACCCUCCCUACUAAUCACAGAUUCGUUUAAUGCUACUUAUGUUCAGCCUCGACGAAAACAGAGGGAUGAGCAACUUCUGACAAAUGUUUUGGAAACACUUCGAGGUGAUGGAAAUGUAUUAAUAGCAGUGGACACUGCAGGCAGAGUUUUGGAACUUGCUCAACUUCUUGAUCAAAUUUGGAGAACUAAAGAUGCAGGAUUGGGUGUUUACUCAUUGGCACUCCUAAAUAAUGUCAGUUAUAAUGUGGUGGAGUUUUCUAAGUCCCAGGUAGAAUGGAUGAGUGAUAAAUUGAUGAGAUGUUUUGAAGACAAAAGAAAUAAUCCAUUUCAGUUUCGCCAUCUGUCCUUAUGUCAUGGUCUUUCUGACCUGGCUCGAGUACCUAGCCCCAAAGUUGUGCUCGCCAGCCAACCUGAUCUCGAAUGUGGAUUUUCAAGGGAUCUCUUUAUUCAGUGGUGUCAGGACCCUAAAAACUCAGUCAUCCUAACUUACAGAACUACUCCUGGGACUUUAGCACGCUUCCUAAUUGAUAACCCUUCUGAGAAAGUUACAGAAAUAGAGUUGCGGAAACGUGUGAAGCUUGAAGGGAAGGAACUUGAGGAAUACUUGGAAAAAGAGAAGCUAAAGAAAGAAGCUGCUAAAAAACUUGAGCAAUCAAAAGAGGCAGAUAUAGAUUCCAGUGAUGAGAGUGACACUGAAGAAGAUAUUGACCAGCCAUCAGCUCAUAAGACUAAACAUGACCUGAUGAUGAAAGGUGAAGGUAGUCGUAAAGGAAGUUUCUUCAAACAGGCUAAAAAGUCUUAUCCUAUGUUUCCUGCCCCGGAAGAAAGAAUUAAAUGGGAUGAAUAUGGAGAGAUUAUCAAACCAGAGGAUUUCUUGGUGCCAGAACUUCAAGCUACUGAAGAAGAAAAAAGCAAAUUGGAGUCGGGCUUGACAAAUGGAGAUGAGCCCAUGGAUCAAGAUUUAUCUGAUGUUCCUACCAAGUGUAUUUCCACAACAGAGUCUAUUGAAAUAAAAGCCAGGGUUACUUACAUAGACUAUGAAGGGCGAUCUGAUGGGGAUUCCAUUAAAAAAAUCAUUAAUCAAAUGAAACCACGACAGUUGAUCAUUGUUCAUGGACCACCAGAAGCCAGUCAAGAUCUUGCAGAGUGCUGCCGUGCGUUUGGUGGGAAAGAUAUUAAAGUGUAUAUGCCAAAGCUACACGAAACAGUUGAUGCCACUAGUGAAACUCACAUCUACCAGGUGAGAUUAAAAGACUCACUUGUCAGCUCUCUUCAGUUUUGUAAGGCAAAAGAUGCUGAAUUAGCUUGGAUAGAUGGUGUCUUAGACAUGAGAGUUUCCAAAGUGGACACAGGAGUUAUUUUAGAAGAAGGAGAGCUGAAGGAUGAUGGAGAAGAUUCAGAAAUGCAGGUGGAUGCUCCUUCAGAUUCUAGUGUUAUAGCACAACAAAAGGCCAUGAAAAGCCUUUUUGGAGAGGAUGAGAAAGAAACAGGUGAAGAAAGUGAGAUCAUUCCUACUUUGGAACCUUUGCCACCUCAUGAGGUUCCUGGACAUCAGUCCGUGUUUAUGAAUGAACCUAGACUCUCAGACUUCAAACAAGUUCUUUUACGGGAGGGGAUUCAAGCUGAAUUUGUAGGAGGUGUACUUGUUUGCAACAAUCAAGUUGCAGUCCGUAGAACUGAAACUGGACGCAUUGGAUUAGAAGGUUGCCUUUGUCAAGAUUUUUAUAGGAUAAGAGACCUUUUAUAUGAACAAUAUGCCAUUGUGUAAAGGACAUGAUGUCAAGAAGUGUCUGACCUUUCUAAGAAAGAGUAUUCUUAUUUUAUUCUAUGGUUUUGCUUUUUUGUUUUGUAACAUAUAAAAAGAAUUGGCCAGAAACUUAGCAUGCAUUAGAUUUUUUAAAAUGUAAAUAGAUAUCAUUUUGCUACUGCUCAAAUGAGCGUACUACUUUUUGUUUCAGAGUAAUAGAGGUCCUAACAAGUGUACAGGCCCAGGGGUUGGAGUUGAUUCAUUUACUUUACAGUCCUUAUUCUAGGACGGGCUUUUUACUUGAAUAAGACAAUGCAACUUAGCAAACCAGUUCAUGGCCUUAGAGAAACAUGUUUGCAUGAGUUCUUGCAACCUGUUCCUUAUGUUUUCUGGAAUGAAAAGUGAGAAUUAUUUAGAAAAUGUAUGCUACUUAAAAAAACAAAUUGAUGAAACAGUUUUUUGAGGCUUAUCUGUUUAAAAAAACAAACCAAAACUUUUACUGAGUAUGUGCUAUAACUCUUCUUUUUGAAGUCUAUUAUGCAAUUGUUUUCACAAGGAGCAUAUCUGCUCCACGCCUGUAUUUCCCAGUGAUUCACUCUAGUGUGAGGGAAUACACUUUUGGUUUAGAAGUCAGCUUUUUUUCUCUCAUUUCUUGUUUCAUCAAGAUGUUUUUGCUGUUCAGUUUGAAUUAUAACACUUCCAUUUGACUACACAUAAUUCAAAGGAACUCCUUGGUGUGUUAUAGUCUUAAGGUUUCUGCGUACAUUUUAGACACAUCUGACUGUAAUAGAAACUCUGCUUAGUGCUGUGUUUCUAAGAAAAUAAAUGUUGAACCUCACACUUUUAUAAGGUAACAGUAUAAUUUAAUUAAAAGGUGUAAGUGUUUUCAUCUCUUAAGCUUCUUAUCCCUAAGAUUACCCGAGUAGUGGUUGGAUUUUAUAAACACUGCUAUAAAAAUAAUCCAGAGGUUGGAUAAGGUCAUUCUUUCUGUGUUGAUAUCUUUUGUGGCUACCAGCCCUGAAACAGUAUAAACCACUUGUAUUCAAGAGUGAAAACUGAAUGUAUGUAAUUUACAUUGAACUUAAGAAAUGAAAACCAUGUCACCUAUUGUAAUCUGUUCAUGCUUUUUUAGAAAGUAGCCUAAUCAUGGCAGACCAUGAUGUUUAUUUCUCUUUAUAUUUAGCAUUUUUAGAAGAAUCAGUCUCGUUAAGAUAUAUGGAACUAUGUAUAGUACAACCCAGUGAUAUCGGACUGGAAUUAGUAUUUCAUUCUGUUUCAAAUGCUUACAGAACUUCUUUUGUGGAUCAUAGUGCUAAUGCAAAGUUUAUAAUCUUCUGAUACGGACAACCAGAUACAAAACAAUGUUACCGAAGAUGCAUUUGAAGAAUAUGUUUUCUUUUUAGAACCUUGAAAAAAUUUCACUUAAACUCUUAUCACUGUAUAGAUAAGCCUAGAGUCCUAUUUAUAUUCCAGGAAAAAGAAAAUCUUUUUCUAUUCGUUUCAUGGUUUAAAGCAUCUGGUUAUUACAUAUUACAUUGUAAUACCGAGACCGAAAAUUUGUUUCUUGCUUAGACUUUUUAUGAACAGGAAUUAAGUUUGAAACUACUGCUUAAAGAUGGCUGCACUAACUAAUGUCUUAACACAUGCAAUCCUUUUGCCUUUUACGAAAAUUUCCAAAAUGAAGAUAUUUGUUUAAGCUCAGUUACUUUCAAAAUAUACAAAUUUUAAAAAGGUCUGUGAGGUAAGUCAUGAAUCAGAGGAACUUUCAGACUUUUAUUGUUUAAAAGCAAGAAUAAAUACAAGUGGACCAUC